AUGACAGACAUAUUGUUGGGAACUCAUACGAUAAAAUCUCAUGGAGUCAAGGUGGUCAAAGCACAUAUACAUAACUGGCUAAUCCUCGUAAUUCUUGUCGUCAUCGACGGUUUGUUGAAUUACGUCGAGCCCUUUCACCGCUUCGUCGGACAAGAAAUGAUGACAGAUUUAAAAUUCCCUUUCCAUGAAAAUACCGUUCCGGUGUUGGUCGUACCGGUUAUUGCAGUAUUGGUGCCUUUCAUUAUUUUUGGUGUAUACUACUAUUUGAGAAAGGACAUUUAUGAUUUUCACCAUGCUAUACUAGGUAUUCUAUAUUCCGUUCUUUUGUCCGGAGUUAUUACGGAUUCGAUCAAAGAUGCCGUCGGUAGGCCGAGACCGAAUUUCUUUUUUCGAUGUUUCCCCGAUGGGAAGGCGGUGUUUGACCAAGUUACAGGGGAUGUUAUCUGCCAUGGGGAUGCAAAGAUUGUAAAGGAAGGAUACAAAAGUUUCCCUAGUGGUCAUACUUCAUGGUCCUUUGCAGGUCUUUGUUUCCUUUCGUUGUACUUGUCGGGAAAGCUAAGAGCAUUCAAUCGCGGAGGCAAUGUCUCGAAACUUUGUAUCGUGAUUUUCCCGGUACUUGCCGCUGUUCUCGUGGGUAUUUCUCGAGUGGACGAUUACUGGCAUCAUUGGACGGAUGUUUUUGCCGGAGCUCUUAUAGGAACGUCCAUGGCAGCAUUUUGUUACCUGCAAUUCUUUCCCUGUCCUCAUUAUGAAGAUGGUUGGGCACCUCAUGCAUACUUUAAGAUGAUUGCGGAAAGACAAAGUGAUGAAAGUCCAGAAAGCACAGUCAGAUCUCCAAGCAAGAAUGAAUCUAAUGAUAUUGAAACACAACCUAUGUGAUAAGUAGAAUCAAAGUCCAGAACCAUAUUAACAUAUUAUUAAGUGAAUGUUUGUAUAUGUGAAUGUACACGUAACAUAUAGAGUUCACCAAAUAAAUGCAAACAAUUGUACUAAUAAUAUAUGUGUACGUCUCAUCUCCUAUGCACUAUAUUAUUCGUCAUGUCUCGAAACAAAGGAGACGGUUUCCGCCUGUUGCGGGUUGUCUUAAAUUUAAUGUAGACGAGGAAAUUUGGGACGUGUGCGGUGGCGUUUUUAUAGAUGAGGAAUGUAAGUUACUUUUUUUAUUCCCCGAACCUUUGGGGAAUGUUUGACUCCAAUUUCACCGAUGCAUGGGUAGAUGAGAUGAUGGCUAUCUCGUAGUGCUUCCUCUGUAUGUUACUAUUGAC